CAACUUCAAAAUAGAAUUAUUCAGUUUUGAAAUUAAAGAAAAAAAUGGAGUAAUGGUCGAAUCUAGUGAAUUUUGUAAUUCUUUUACGUAAAACAAGACAUAAAAAUAUAGCAACUGUCGUUGAGUAAGAGAUUGAUAUAAAUUUUACCAAUUAGCCUUUACACAGAGUUGUUCUGCAUGUUACUUACAUCGUACCCAUGUUCCUGUUUCUUAUAAAUACAAACUCUUUUCUCUCUUUCUCCUUCGCACUUGCAAAACCAAGUUUUCAUUCUUUCUCGUAAUUCUUCUUGCAUGGCAAUAACCCUUUUGUCUCACGAGGUAUCGGACCUCUGUAUCGGCAAACCGCCACUACGUUGUCUCUCAGCUGUCACAGCCACCGUCGCUGACGCCAUCGCUGCUCUCAAAUCCUCCGACGAUCCUUUCCUCAGCCUCUGGAGCUGUAAUCACGACGAAACCAAUGAUGAUGACGACAACAAGAAGUGCGACUGCGAGUGUUUGGGUAAGAUCUGCAUGGCGGAUGUGAUCUGUUACCUGUCUAAAUUCGACAACAAGGUUUUGUCUCUUUACUCCGCUUUCAAUGCAUCUGUCUCUGUUCUUCUCCCUAAAUGUCGUUCCAUCGUCGUCCAUGUCCAAUCUUCAUGCAAGUUAGCUAAAGCCAUUGAUCUGAUAACCGGAGGAGCACAAAAUCUGAUUGUUCCGAUUCAGACAAAGAGAGGACAGCACAAGGUUCCGACCCGAAACGCUGUCGUUUCGCUCACCACCACAACAACAACACACAAGAACAGCCGCCAGUUCUGCUGGAUCACCCAAGAAGACAUCAUUAGAUUCUUUCUUGGUUCCAUCAGCGUCUUCUCUCCUUUAACGUCGAUGUCUAUCUCCGAACUCGGCGUGAUAAACAGUACACGCGCUUUCCUCGCCGUGGAUUACUACUCCUCAGCCGCCUCUGCCAUCACCGCCAUUUCUCUCGCCAUUGCCAAUAAUAUAUCCGUCUUGGUUGUUGAUGGUGGAUGCGAUGUAGUAGAAUAUCCACGUAUAGCUCUAAUCGGCGAGAUUCUGCCGAUGACACUCGCGUGCUGCGAUGAAACCGCCGCGGCAGCGGUUGCUACACUCUCCGCCGGCGAACUGGUGACGUACAUUGAGGGUAGUGGUCCGCUGGAGAGUCACGUAAGGGUCGUCAGGAAUCGUCUUGAAGAGAAAGGGAUGGUGGGUUUGAUCUCACUCGUCGAUUCCUUGUCGGGGUCUUCUUUGUCGGAUGAAGAAUCUCCCACGGGGAGAACGAAGUCAUAUGGUCGGUCAGUGAGUAGAGCGGCGAGGAUGGCUAGGAAGUCGGUGGCCAUAGUGUGUAAUCGGGAAAGCUCGUUAAUGGCGGUGAUGAUACAAGCGAUUGCUCACAGGGUAAGCUAUGUGUGGGUGGUUGAUGAAGAUGGUUGUUUUAUUGGUAUGGUUACUUUUGUUGAUAUUUUGAAACUUUUCAGAGUAUUUUUGGAUGAUUAAAACUAAUCACCAUCAUCAUCAGUUUUACUACUUUUUUUUGUUAGGUUUUGCAUAAACAAAUCCAUAACAAAACGUUGUAUGAUUUUUUUUUUGUGUGAAAGAUAUGUCAAAAGUUCUUGAAGAA